ACCUGCUGCAGUCUGAGAAGCAGGAAGUUCCUCCCACUGUCACACACAGACGACUGUGAGAGAAAACGAGACUGAAUCCUAUCAGUGUUCGUGGUAAAAUGGCAGAAGCCAGAGUUGCAGUGGAUGUAAAUGAGUUAAGUUGUGCAAUCUGUCUAGAUCUACUAAAGGAUCCAGUAACUAUUCCCUGUGGACAUAGUUACUGUAUGAGCUGCAUUAAGAGCUGCUGGGAUCAGGAAGAUCAUGCUGGAGUUUACAGCUGCCCCCAGUGCAGACAGACCUUCAUACCCAGACCUGUUCUGGGCAGAAACACCAUGCUGGCUGAAGUGGUGGAGAAACUGAAGAAGACUGGACUACAAGCAGCUGCUCCUGCUGACCAGUAUGCUGGACCUGGAGAUGUGGAGUGUGACGUCUGUACUGGGAGAAAACACAAAGCUGUCAAGUCCUGCCUGGUGUGUCUGGCCUCCUACUGUGAAACUGACCUGCAGCUUCACAACAAACUCCACCAUGCAAAACAGCACAAGCUCAUUGAUGCCAUCGGCCAUCUGAAGGACAAGGUCUGUUCCCACCAUGACAAACCCCUGGAGGUCUACUGCCGUACCGACCAGCAGUGUAUCUGUUAUCUCUCUACGAUGGAUGAACACAGAGGCCAUGAUACAGUCUCAGCUGCUACAGGAAGGGCGGAGAUACAGUGUAUACUUCCAGUCAGAAGGUACCACACCGGCAGAUACAGAUGUCUGAAAUAG